AAGGUUAGACAUAAAAGCAGGAGAAUUCUCUCAUUCUCCCUCAAUUUUUGUUUCUCUGAUAAACAAGAUGCUUUGGCUUGUACUCUUGUGUGUUGCGGGCGCUCACGCGCAAUGUUCGACUGGAGAGUUCCAGUGUAACAACGGACAGUGCAUCCCCGGCAGCUGGGAGUGUGACGACUGGGGAGACUGUUCACAAGGAGAGGAUGAGAACACUGCUAACUGUCCUGGAGCUGCCCAAUGCAGCAGCUCUGAGUUCGCCUGUGGUCACGGUAACACCUGCAUCCCGACCAGCUGGAUCUGUGACGGUGACAACGACUGUGGGGACAUGAGCGACGAGCAGAACUGCAAUGCCGGCCCUACCGACCCCGAUGCCGGCACCCUGACGAACUGUGGCGGGAACUAUAACGAGGAUACCGGCGCCUUCCAGCUGCUGAACUACGCCAACAACCAGGACUGCAUCUGGAAAAUCACCGUGACCGCCGGGAAGUUCGUCAUGCUGCAGUUCAGUCAGUUCGACGUCGAGCAAGACAGCAGCUGCUCUUACGACUACGUCAAGGUGUAUGACGGCGCGUCAGUGUCGUCCCCCGUGCUGGGCACGUUCUGCGGCACCAGCGUUCCCGCCAGCCUCGUGUCCUCCUCCAACCACAUGACGGUGCGUUUCGUGUCCGACAGCUCCAUCACUGAGACCGGCUUCUCUGCCACCUACAGCGCCGUGGAUACCGCGCCUGUGACCCCACCCACCACCGGUGGAAGCUGCGGUAACAGCGUUCUGACCGGAGACUCCGGUACCUUCACCUCACCCAACUACCCACAGGCCUACCCCAACGGCGCCUCCUGCUCAUGGAAGAUGUCGGUCACUCCUGGCAAGCUGAUUCAGCUCAAUUUCGACCCCAUGGACAUUGAGGCUGAUGGCGGCUGCAGCUACGACUCCGUUGCCGUGUACGAUGGACCUGACGCCAGCGCGCCACUUCUGCGCAGGCUCUGUGGAUCCUCCGCCCGUGAGGUCGUCACCAACGGCAACGAGGCUUUCGUGGUCUUCACUACUGACAGCUCCGUCACUGGAAACGGAUUCUCCGCUACCUUCGCCGCCAUGGAUCCCCCACCCACCUGCGCACCUGGCACCUUCACCUGCUGGAACGGAAACUGCGUCGGAGACAGCCUGAAGUGUGACGGAAAUGACGACUGUGGGGACGGAAGCGAUGAGUUCCUCUGCGGCGGUGACUCCACCUGCGGGAGUGCCCCCAUCCAGCCCGUCUUCCCGCCAACUCGUGUUGUGGGCGGCGAGGCUGCUGUACCCGGGAGCUGGCCCUGGCAGGCGUCUCUCAUGACCUCCUACCACUUCUGUGGCGGGUCCCUCAUCCACCCCGAGUGGAUCCUGACGGCCGCUCACUGCUUCGCUGACGAUCCUACUCCCAGCCGCUACACAGUCGUCCUGGGCAAGCACUUCUCUGACGGGUCCAGCACAUCUCAGGAGGAAUACUCCGUCUCUAAGGUCAUUGUUCACGAGGAGUACGACGAUAACGCCCUCAACAAGGACCUGACCCUGCUGAAGCUGUCCCGUCCCGCCGUCCUGGGCCAGUACAUCCAGACCGUCUGUCUGCCCCAGAGCGCCAGUGACGAUCCUCCAGCUGGUACCACUUGUGUCACCACUGGAUAUGGAGACACCCAGGGUACCGGUAACGACGAUGUCCUGAAGCAGGCCCGCGUUCCUCUGGUCAGUAACGCCGACUGUAACGUCGCAAGUUCCUACGACGGAGAGAUCACCGAGUUCAUGAUGUGCGCUGGCUUCCAGGAGGGAGGGCACGAUGCUUGCCAGGGUGACUCCGGUGGCCCGCUGGUCUGCCCCAAGCAGGGUCAGUGGUACUUGAACGGUGUGGUGAGCUGGGGCUACGGCUGUGCCCAGCCUAACUACCCCGGCGUGUACGCCCGUGUCUCCUCCAUGUUGGACUGGGUCGGCCAGAAGAUGGCUGCCAACUAUUUAAGAAGCAGAAGCGACUCAGGUGUUCUCUCUUGUAGGGUAUCUGAAAGAAGCAUGAUCUGGAUACUUGUACUGUGCGUGGGGGUGGGGGUACACGAGGCGUCUGCAGGCAGGGCUGCGUGUGGCGGGGACCUCCAGCAGGACUCCGGUGUGAUAGAACUCAUGAACUACGACAAUAACCAGGACUGCACAUGGACCAUCACCGUCACUCCGGGCAAGUUUGUCCUCCUCCACUUCACGGAGAUCGAUCUGGAAUACGGCAGCUCCUGCGAGUACGACUACGUUGCCGUCUACGAUGGUGCCGACGCUUCUGCCCCCCUCCUGGUGAAGGACUGUGGUACAGUCCGUCCCGCUGACCUGGUGUCGUCCUCUAACGUCAUGACGGUCCGGUUCGUGUCCGACAGCUCCGUCACCGAUAACGGCUUCUCUGCAACAUUCAGCGCCAUCGACGACAUGUCCAACCCCCAGCCGACACCUCCCCCUGUCACCGUCAGUACUGUGGUGUUAACCGGAGACUCCGGCACCUUCGCCUCACCGAACUACCCUGACAAGUACCCUGAUAACAUGGACGCCUCGUGGCAGAUAACCGUCUCUCCUGGAAAGCUGGCUGUCAUCAGCUUCGAUGUGAUGGACCUGGAAGACGGGCCUACCUGCAGGUUUGACUCCGUGACCGUGUAUGACGGUCCUGACAGGAACGGGCCCCUGUUAACCCGACUGUGUGGCUCCACCCUCCGCGAAGUCACCGCGUCCGGGAACCAGGCCUUCGUGGUGCUCGUCAGUGAUCACUCGGUCCCAGGGAACGGAUUCUCCGCCAGGUUCUCUACUGCGGAUCCUCCACCCACCUGUGCACCUGAUGAGCACACCUGCUGGAACGGCACCUGCAUCAGCGCCAGCCUGAAGUGUGACGGAAAGGACGACUGCGGGGACGGAAGUGACGAAUUCCUCUGUGGCGGUGACUCCACCUGCGGCUCCGGCUCCAUCCAGCCCGUCUUCCCGCCAACCCGUGUCGUGGGCGGCGAAGCUGCUGUACCCGGCAGCUGGCCCUGGCAGGCGUCUCUCAUGACCUCCUACCACUUCUGUGGCGGGUCCCUCAUCCACCCCGAGUGGAUCCUGACGGCCGCUCACUGCUUCGCUGACGAUCCUGACCCAAGUCGUUACACCGUAGUUUUGGGUAAACACCGUUCGUACGAGUCCACCGUAUCUGAGGAGCGGUUCUCUCUUUCCAAGGUAAUAGUUCACGAGGAGUACGACAGCAGGCUCAUUAACAAGGACCUGACCCUGCUGAAGCUGUCCCGCCCCGCCGUCCUGGGCCAGUACAUCCAGACCGUCUGUCUGCCCGAGCACCUCACAGACGACCCUCCUGUCGGCACCACGUGUGUCAUCACUGGAUGGGGAGAGACCCUGGGUACGGGUAACGAUGAAGUCCUGAAGCAGGCCCGCGUUCCUCUGGUCAGUAACACCGACUGUAACUCCGCCGGGUCUUACAACGGAGAGAUCACCGACUUCAUGAUGUGUGCUGGGUUCCCAGAGGGAGGACACGAUGCUUGCCAGGGUGACUCCGGUGGCCCGCUGGUCUGCCCCCGCCAGGGCAAGUGGUACCUGAACGGUGUGGUGAGCUGGGGCUACGGCUGUGCUCGUCCCGGCUACCCCGGUGUCUACGCCCGGGUCACCUCCAUGUUGGACUGGGUCCAGCAGAAAAUAGCUGAAAACUAGAGAUGUAUUAUAUAGCGACACAACUUUGAAUACGAGUUUGCCAUUAGGCUCGCCCCUGAGGCGUCAGCAAAAAGUUUCAAGAUCAUGAAAAGCCUGUGUAUUACACAAGUUAAUCGAGAUGUUUUCUUGAUGAACAAUAAAUGACGUGUAUGGAACAGA